AUGACCCUGGUAAUAACGGUGGAGGAGGCGGAGUCGGAGAGGGCGGAGGUGACGGGAGAGAUGGAGGCGGAGGGAAUGCAGGCGGAGAAAAUGGAGGAGGGGGUUACGGAGGUGGGGGAGGCAAAGGGGGUCCCAAGCAGUCCCUUCAUCUUUAAGCCGGACGGAUCGCUCGCGUGGUCGACGACGCUUCGAUCUACAGUCCGGUCAGCACGCGAGAUAUCGGCCAAUCUGGUGCGGAAUAUCCCCGACGAAGUCCUCGCCGUGUUACCGGAACAACUACGGGGCAUAUUGAAAGAACCGGCACAACCUCCAAGCACCCUCUCCCGGCUUCUCGAGUCCGUCUACGACCCCACGACCCUCAUCAGCAUCUUUCUCCUCUUCCUUACUAUCGUCCUCCUCCACCGCCACCUCUUCCCUCACUCCAAAAUGUCGUGGUCGUCCCGCCUCCCCUCCUGGGGGAGUCGCUUUAGCCCCUUCAGUCGGAGCCCUGUAUCCCCAGUAUCCCCCGCCGAAGUCUCCGAAUCCGACUACUCCUAUAUCACCGCGUCCGAUAUCGACCGGCCUACCACCCACACAACUAGUACCCACACACACCAUCACCACCACCACCACCACCACCGCUCUCCCCCCUUCGGCGACCCCCCUCAAGAGGUCCCCGGCGGCUCGCACACCGAUGUCCUCCUCCUAAAACACCGCUCCGUCGCCUAUCCCGUGCACUACCCCCGGGACACCAUCGCCUCCGGGCAUCUCCUCGUCGGCGACAUCCGCUCCAUGGCCGCCAAGAAGCUCUCCACCUCCCCCGCCGCCUCCACCGCCGCCUCCCCCAUCGACCCCCGCCGCAUCAACCUCCUCUACCGCGGCCAAAAGCUCACCAACGACGACCUCCCCGCCCGCGACGCCGGCUUCCGCAGCGGCGUCGACCGCUCCAACGAGAUCCUCGUCCUCCUCUCCGGCCGACCUGGCAACGACGGCGCCUCCGACGACGACGCCUCCAUCACCGCCUCCGACGCCGACGCGACGUCCGCCGCAUCCAGCCCCAACGCCUCCAAGAAGAAACCCCGCAAAAAGCGCGGCAAGAAGGCCGCCGCCAAGGCCCGCCCAUCGGACGCCGCCAGCGGCGCCUCCACCCCAGCGUCCAGCAGUUCCAUCCCUCCCGCGCCGCCGUUCCCGCCCGCUAGCGACCCGGCCGGGCAGCUCGCGGCACUCACGCAGCAUUUCCGGCAGGCGCUAGUGCCGAGCGCGGAGCGGUUCCUGAGCGCGCCGCCGGCGGACGCGGCGGCGCGGCGGUUCGAUCAUAAGCGAAUCACGGAGACGAUCUUGCAGCAGGUGCUGUUGAAGCUGGAUGCGGUGGAGGUGGAUGGGCGGGAGGAUUUGCGGGCGAUGCGAAAGGGGUUGGUGAAGGAGGUGCAGGGGUGGUUUGGGAGGCUGGAUGAUGUGGUGAAAGAGUGAAAGUGAAAUGAUUAGGAGCGGAAGGCCGGAGGUUUGCAGUGUCCGCCCUGUUUUGAACGGGGUUUCUCUACUCUUGGCUUUUGGAUGUAUGACGGACGUCGCUUGGGAAUUUGGGUUGGAUAUGGCCCCCUGCAAGGCGUUCGCAGGGAGAAUGAUGCCGGUCUUUGGGCAUUGUGCAUAGCCUGUGUUACCCGGGAAUAUGGUAGGCAUUGCACGGCUGCAUUGAGCGGUACCGUAUGAUAUCAAAAGGAAUAGACCCAAAAGAUUUGUUUUCCAUAUUCAAAAUUGCGCCAACCUCGUUGGUGUGCGCUUUACAUAUUCUUCGUUCUCCCUGGAUAUCUGCUGCGUAAGACCUCAAAAAUGCACGCAACCAGCGAUUUC